AUGGCCGAGCGCAAAUCUGCCUACGGCUCCACCGCCGCCAGCGAUACCGACUUCCGCCGCACGUGGGAUCGCGCCGAAUACGCCGAAAAGGCCAAACAAAAAGAUCAAGAGCGCCGCGAGGAGGCAAAGGCCCGGUACGAGGCCAAGUUAGAAGGCAAGAAAUGGCACAAGCCCGUCGACUUCUCGACCCUGGACUCCACCUCGGCCAGAGGUUCGAGACUCGAUGUCGCGAGCAUGGUCGGGAAAUCCACGCUGGUGCCCGCAGGCGCAGGCGUGGGCAAACGAGGCAAAGGCGCGGGCUUCUACUGCGAGGCCUGUGAUUUGACGUACAAGGACAACGUGCAGUACAUUGAGCACUUAAACUCGAAACAGCAUCUAGUGAAUACCGGGCAGAGUGGAGAGGUUAAACGCGCGACGCUCCAGGAUGUGCGUGAGAGGCUGGAGAUGUUGAAAGCCAGGAAACGACAGCAGGAGGAAGAAGAUCGCUUGGCUGGGGAAGUCGAUAUUAAGGAAAGGAUCAAGAAAGCGGAGGAUAGGGAUGAGGCGGAGCGCGAGGAGAAGAGGCGGAAGAGGAACGAGAAGAGAAGGGCUGCAAAGGAGGAGAGGAACGGAGGUAUCAAGAGGGAAGACGAGUGGGAGGGGAGACUGGGAAUCAUUUCUUGA